AUGGCUGAAGAGUAUGACCCUGCCGUGUACGAUGCAGAGGAUGACGCACCGCCUGCACUACAGGCGGUCAAGUACCGAGCGUUCCGUGCGGAGCUUUCCGCGGUGCUACUCCGUUUCGAAAAGGCCAGCGACUGGGCAGACUAUGCCUCGCAACUGGGUGAAGUAAGACGUUGCCUCAAUCGACACGCGCAGCACGCCUUCAUCCCGGAAAAGUACGCGCUUUCCAAGUGGCUUGCACACUGCUUGUACGGGGGCUUUCCUGCGGGCUUGCACCUCAAAGCGCUGGAGGUCUAUGAGCUGAUCUUUCAGCGAAUCGGAGCCAGGAGACUGGCAAGAGAUCUAAGCAUCUAUGCUGUGGGCUUGUUUCCGCUCAUGAGCUACUGCUCGACGGCGGUCCGACCAAAGCUUCUAGACAUCUACCGUCGCUAUAUCGUCGUGCUGCGCGCAGAGCACCUGCUGCCUGCGAGUCAGCCACAGUCGACCUUGGUCUCCGCUGCUCCAUGGCAAGGAACGAGUCCAGAUGCUUCAAUGUCGGACGUCGCACCGGGCUGGACGGUGCCAAACGACCGCACGAGGUCACGUUCCGACACUCAGCAGCCGCGAGCAGCUGCUUCCGUGUUGCCUGGGCCUGGUGCUUCUCCAUCAAGGCAUGCGGCAGUCUCUGAAGAUGCCAAACUCCUCGACAGCACGCUCGAUGUGCCAACCGGAGAACAUCCUCUGCCGAGCCUGUCGUCUGCUGCUGCUGUGCGGGAAGCAUCCAAUUUCGAAGGUGCCUCGCAAUCGCUCUCGAGCGCAGAGGGCACCCUCGUUGAACUGGAACCGAAACGCACGACCAGCUGGAUAGCGGUCGACCAGCAACCCACUGCAGGGCAUGCUACAUUCGACCCUGCUCGUCUUGACACAUCUGCUGGCAACUGGAGCCCACUGCGGCCUGUAAUCGCUGGUUUGGUGCAGGGGCUGCUACCAGCGCUGGACGAGGUUCCAGCCGCCUCCAGCACAGACCUUUCCGACGUGCAAGCGAGCGACCUGCUUGCCCAAGUUCGACAGAACCUCAGUGAUGAUGCGUUCUUCGCGGAAGCAUUGUGGCGGGCAAUGCUCUGCAUGGAUUUUAAUGGUUGGAUGGUAUCCGAAUGGAUGCCCGCAGCGUUAGCAAGUGCCACACCUACAGAUCGAUCGCUGGCGAUGCGUACUGCUUCUCCAAGGGGCCCUCGAGCGGUACGCGCUCGCCCAAAAGUACGAAGCGCUCGAUGGAUUGCACCAAAGCGAGAGGGUGUCAGCACCGCAAAUCUCAUUUCAUUUCGGGCACUGCAACAAGCCGACUUGGACCAAACGCACCAUGCUGAGUCGUCGCUUGCGUCGCGUCUCCGGCUUGUGACGAUGCAGUAUCUUUUGAAACUCGACGACGAGGCCCGCACUCCGUCGACACCAGACGGAGUCACACCGGUCAGCCGGGCUGCGUUGUUCGGUAACACGGGGCUGGUUACUGCAGCACUAGAGCGGGCUCUAAUGGACGGGAGCGCCCUGGUCGUUCGCCAAGCCCUAGAUCUGAUGCUGCAAACGAUCGGAUUCGUUCCGAUGGAGCACCAGCCGGUCGAAAAGCUGCAACCAGUGCGCCUCGAGCACAUUCCCUUGCUGCGCGUAAGGGAGACUGCAAUCCUCUUUACAGAAGUGGAAUCGAAAACGCUUCUAGCCCAGGCGUUGUUGGUCGUCCUCCGCGAGGAUGCAUCCCUGCGAAAGCGUCUCUAUGCCUGGAUGGAAGAUCAGCCAGCGGAACAUCUUUUCCAAGCGGUUGUAGAGGAGAUUCUGCAGGAUAUCGGGGCAUGGGGCAUCGAACAGAGCGUGUUCACGGGUACCAAAGCGGUCAGUCUCGCCACGCCAGCGGUAACAGCUGCAACAGGUGCGUGUCCUCAUGCGCCCAAAAAGGCUGCCUCAGAUGCACUAGCAGACGGCGCGAGUGAAACGGCAUCACUGGUGUCUGCGGCAGCGUUUACCCAGGAUCCGCUCUGGAUAGCAGAUGCUGCGCUGACACUCGCGCAAGUCUUACGCAAGCUCGCUCAGCGCCAGUGCCUCCGCGAACAUCUGGAGCGGAUUCUCGUGAGCACCACCUGGCGACUCGGUCGAUUGGUGCUACUGCAGCAGCAGCAGCAGCAGUCGUCGUCGUCGUCGACGUUGCCGCUGACGCAAGCACCAGAGGCAUUCGCACCGAUCGAGAUGGAUCCAUCGAUCCAGAGGCUGUUGCGGGAGCCGCACCAUGGAUGUUUGCCGCCUGGAGGAGCGCCACGAAGCGAACUGCGGCCAGCUGAGGCCCCUGGUUUGACAGCUGCGCUACCCGCACUGGCCAAGAUGUGGUCGGCCGUGGAGCAUUCUCUGCGGGAAGCACUGCAGCUGCUCGGACCGGAUCAGGUCUGGGGAAUGCUUCACCACCAGCUUCACCAAAUGGAGAGUCAACUGGAACCACCCAGGUCGCUGCGGGUGCUCUUUGAAUGUCUCCUUUUUGUGGUAGCGUACGCGGGGCUACCAUCAUUGUCCAUGCUGGGACAGGUGCUCGAUACCUGUCGGUACGCAGUGAUCUUGUGCGCUCGCCUGCAGGGCCCGUGCUGCCCCGAAACGCAGCUGCCUGCACUGGAGUGGCGGCAUCACUUUACAGUGCUAGCCAGAGUUGUCUCUGCCAUUCGGAUAGCACUCCGUGACUCUGAUCCCGCGACCAAGUUAUCCAUCUUUACGCAAGCGCUGCGCCUCUUGGAAACAGUAGAAAAACGCAUCUGGCGACCCUGGCUGGAGCGAAACCGCCUUACACACGGGGAUCUGCCCGAAGGAGCUGCCAGCUUCUGCCUCGAACGCUUACGCUCGUAUCGUUUCGCUUGCGAGCCGUGGCUCGUCGAGGAUGCGCGUGCUGGCUGUGACCUCAUUGCUGAGCUUGUCCAGCUUGCCUUGAGCAUCUGCGCUUUCGCCGAGGGCGAGGAUGCCUGCUCUGACGUGAGCGCUGGCGUCUCCGCUGCACCGAAUGGGGCGCGGGCUACCUCGUCCUCGGAAAUGACGGUGAAUGAUACUGCCGAUACCGUCGUGCUACUGCAGACGCGGGUGGCAAGUGCACUUGAGGAUGCUGUGCAGCUGGCGGUUUGCCGAACGCUCCCGCUUAUGUUGCUCGGCCUGGAUCAUUACCUAGACUUGCUGGAUAGCGCCUCUCAACAGUGCACCGCAUCCGUGGACUUGCUUGCGUCUGUGCCUAUCGAGAAGUUUCGUGAUCUUCUCAUUCCGCAGUGCUGGCUGUUCCUGCAUCCGUCGCUGCUUCCGUAUGGACGUCAGGCAGCACUGCUCUGGUACUCGCUACAGGAAUUCUAUCCGACGGAGUGUCAGGCUUACAUCGCCGCUGCCCUGAAAGGUGAAUGGGGCUCGCCUGUCGAGCAUUUGGCUAUCUUUCGCCAAGCGUUCUGCCUCGCACGGGAACUCAGGCUAGCCCAGUCGCUUUCCAGUAAUUGUCUCUUUCUGGCUCUGGAUGCGCUGCGCAGUGAAAACUCGGCGAGCCGGAUUGAAGCUGAACGUUUCGUACGCAGCGCCGUGCGUCUGGCACCUGAACUGGUCCUGGGGCCGCUACUCGGCCUGCUGCUGUGUGAGUCGUACCCGAUCCUGAACGAUCACCAGGAGUUUAUAACCCGUCCCGAUAUCGAUCGCAUCGUCUAUGCCCUGGAAACAUUGCGCUUAGUGUUGGCUGUGCUCGAGCAGCAUGCCCGAAACGAACUGGUGGCAGGUUUCCGCGGCAUUGGCACUGAUGCACAGUCUGUUUUUCGAGCGCUCAGUGCCCCGGUGAGUACGGCAAUCGCUACAGCGCUCACCGCGGUACACGGUCCAGAAGAAGCCGCUUUCACCCAGGACUAUCUGGACGCAUGCGUCUUCGCAGCGUUGUGGUAUUUACGAGCCCGCUGGAGCAGCCACUGGGUGCAGCGUAUGCAGACGUACGCCGAGGAGAGCGGUCCUUUUUGUUUUUCGAUGCGAAACCUGCAGGCAUCGAUCGCGGAUGCCCAGACUGCUGCCGUUCAGCUGCUUGAGCAACUCGUGCAGUUCGCCGGCAUGCAUGGGGAUGUGGAGCGGCUGCAGCGGAUCGCUCCGACGGUAGUGGCGUUGCUGGAGCUUCUCCUGGGAGCUAGUCGCGAGCGCUCGUCAUCGUCGGGGUCUAUCGCUACCUCCAAGACGCUGAGUGUGUUGUGUGCACGCGUGUUACGUCAGAUGAUGCGUUUUGCAUGUGUCGACGCAUCCUCUGAGACAGUUCAUCUGGAGACGCUUUCGUCCGCGCUGGGAACAGCGGAUACGUCACCAGCGCCCACCAAGGCCACAGCAACUGGCCCGAAUGUGCACCAACGAGAGACGGGCUCGUCACUGGAACCCCCCGUGGCUGGUACAGCAUCGCCAGACGAUGCAACAAGCGGUGCCUCGAAACAUCGUAAGAGCAAAAGACACGGGAGGCGUUUUUGGCCAAAGUACGCGAGUUGGAGUCGAAUGGGCGCUUUUCUCACGCAGACGCAUCACGCGGCAUAG